AUGAUUAGCACUUCGACGCCAAAGCGGAAAAAGUUGUCAUUAUCGAGUGAGGGUGAUGUUGGCAAAAGGCGAAAGCGUAGCAGGUCAGUAUUACCCGUGGAAGAAGAAGAAGGAGAAGGUACUCUAGAGAAAGGUAGCGGGUUAUUAUUAUCAGGGGAGGAAGAUGAUCAAAGAGAUAACGCGGAAGGAGGAGAAGUUGCUCUAACGAAAGGUCCGUGGACAAAGGAAGAGGAUGCAAUUUUGGUGGAUCAUAUUAAGAAGUAUGGAGAGGGAAACUGGAAUGGAGUCCAGAAGAAUUCGGGACUUGCUCGCGAUGGUAAAAGUUGUCGUCUGCGAUGGGCGAAUCACUUGCGGCCAGGACUGAAAAAGAGUGCAUUUACUGCUGAAGAAGAACGCCUAAUCCUUGAGUUCCACUUUCGGAAGGGAAGCAAGUGGUCUCAAAUGGCUGCAAUGUUGCCGGGACGAACAGAUAAUGAGAUAAAGAACUUUUGGUACGCAAGAUAUAGGAAACAACAACGACUUGGCUUACCAAUCUAUCCUAACGAGAUAACAUCCAAAUAUUCGUCAAAUGGAAGUCAAGAAAAUGCUGACACAUUAGCAAAUGAAUCCAGCCAGCGUGAUGAAACAGAAAACUUCAACUUGGAUAUACCUGACUUGGACCUUAAAAAUUUCAGAUUCCGCCCAGAUAUGUUGCCGCCAAAUUUAGGUACACAAGAUUACAGACCAACAAGUGACUUGCUUGGACGGUGCUCAGAUUCGUAUCAUAAUACCUUACCCAUGCGUAGGGCAGCAGUAGUGCGGUGCAGAUAUUUAACCAGUAGCAAUAGUGCUGCUGUCCCGGAAGUAUUUGAUCAGUAUGGCAAAUAUCCUAUGUUGUCUACUCCAUGUGAUCCGAUUCUUAACACAUGCCUUCUUCAUGGAUAUGAUAACUGUAUAACUGGUUUUCAUGCCGCGCCUAAUAUUUCUUCUUCUGAGCCCAUAUAUGGGCCCAUGAGUUUUGAGCUCCCUUCAUUCCAAAAUUCACAGACUCAAUGGUCUACCUGGAGCGGCAUGCAUAUGCCGCCACUUUCCUCAUUUGAGCCUGUUGACACGCCGGUUCAGGCUCCUCCGAUUGAGCCUUGUCUGCCAGUUCCAGCUUCCCUGGGUUGCAGUCAUUUAAUUGAUUCAUCAGUAUACCACAAUUCAAAUCAAAAUUUGAAAGGCCCGAGUAUUGAUUCAUUACAAGCAAAUGCUGAUGGCACGGCUCCCAAUGAAGCAGACAUUAUUAGUACACAAUGGAAUGGACUAGAUUAUGAUCAGCCUGCUGCUUUAACUACUCACCCCCAAAUAAACUUCUUAAGAUGGGCCUGCCACCCAAGAAACUUCUUAAGAUGGCUCUGCUCAGAAAUUGAAACCCCUCAGGAUUAUGAUAUUAACGGUGGUGCAUUGAAUGAUCAGCUUCCAGCUUAUCGUUCUUUUGACAAACAAGAUAAUUUGAAUCAGAAAUAUGUGGUGCUACCAGAUGCUGUGCUUGACUCUAGCUGGCAUUGA